GUAUGGGCGGGGAUCAGGGCGGGGAUUCUGGCUGGAUUCCCGUCAGGCGGCGGCAUCUUUCCAUAAAGUGAAAGGCGGUGGUGCAGCAGUUCCAGGAGCUCCAAGGUGUUACUCCUCCCUGCUUUUCACGACAUGGAUGAGCUACAUAACCCGUUCUUCCCGUACGCCGACUGGCGUGUUUCGCUACUGGGAGAGGGAAGGCCCUGGGUGCAUAAGGUGUACGAGGUCAACCUAGUUGCGAGCGGCAUAACGACGAUUAUCUACGGGGGCAUUUUGUUCCACCUCCUCAGGGUGAAGAAAGGAAAAGUAUUCCAAUUUGAAGGGGGUGUAUUUCGACCGCAUCCUCUGCCCGGAUAUGUAGCCUGCGCUUUCGUUUUUAUGAUAGGGCGGACGCUGUUCUGUGCGAUGAUGAUUUCUGGAGUCCUCGGGUAUGGGCACGUCCGUAACGAAGGAUAUAUCAUGGAGGCUUUCCAUGAAUGGCCAUGGGGAUUCGGCUAUUCGAGUUGCGUCCUCUACCUUAUCGGGCUGUGAGGAAUCCUUGAUAUUCCGACCUGUAGCGUGUUCCACUGCUGACCAAACUAUCCAGGAUAUUUGCGACCCCUGAACGGAUAGCGGUUGCAGAUCAGUCAAAGGUCUAUCUGCCAAGGGGAAGCCAAAUGAAU